AUGCCUAAAAAUAACAGUGAUGAAGAUAUAAAUCAAGAGAUCGUGUUCCCUUUAAAUGUUGAUGAUCCAGGAAAUUGGGACAAAAUGCAAAAUAUUAGGGAUUUUCUAGUUGAAAGAGGUCCUAGAAAAGAUGAUGAUAUUUUGUUUCCUCUUGAUAACACCGACAGACACUUCAAUCCAUCACAUUAUAAGAGGCAAUUGCCAAAUGGUGAGAAAAGUGACAGAAGAUGGCUAGUGUAUUCUAUUUCUAUGGACAAGAUCUUUUGUUUCUGUUGCAAGUUAUUCAAGACUCAAAGAACCACAAUGAAACUUGGUCAUCUAGCUGACAAAGGAUACAAAGAUUGGAAGAAUAUCAGUCGAUGUCUCAGUCUUCAUGAAACUAGAAAAGAUCAUAUUGAUUGCAUGACUAGUUGGAUUGAAUUAGAAAGAGGACUUCAAAAGAAAAAGACAAUUGAUGAAAAUAUACAAGUAGCAAUUAACAAGGAGAGAGAACAUUGGAAACAAGUAUUGAAGAGAAUAAUUGCAGUUGUGCAAAGAAUUGCGAAGAAUAACUUGCCACUUCGGGGAGAUAAUGAGAAGCUUUAUGUUGAGAAUAAUGGAAUCUUUUUGCAACUAAUUGAAAUGAUUGUUGAAUUUGAUCCAAUAAUGGAGGAGCACCUUCGGCGUGUUCAAGAAAGGCAGAUUCAUUACACUUAUCUUGGACCCAAAAUCCAAAAUGAAUUGAUACAGAUGUUGACGGCUAAAGUAAGAAGUUCAAUUAUUGCAAAAAUUAAACAUGCAAAGUAUUUCACUGUCAUACUUGAUUGCACUCCAGAUGCAAGUCACGAGGAGCGGAUGCCCCUUGUAAUUAGAUGUGUGGAUGAUUCAGAAAAUGCAAUAGCGGUUGAAGAAUUUUGGAUUGAUUUUUUGAAAGUUAAUGAAACUUCAGGACUUGGGCUUUUUACAGAGCUUAAAAAUAUUUUGAACAAUCUCGAACUUGACAUUGAUAAUAGAAGAGGUCAAGGAUAUGACAAUGGAUCUAAUAUGAAAGGAAAACAUAAGGGUGUACAGAGUAGAUUACUUGAAAUUAAUCCUACAGCUUUCUACACUCCAUGUGGAUGUCACAGUCUUAAUCUCACAUUAUGUGAUAUGAUGAAAUGUUGUCCUAAAGCAAUGUCCUUUUUCAGUGUAAUACAACGCAUAUAUUCAUUAUUUUCUUCUUCUACCAAGCGGUGGCAAAUCUUCAAAGAUCAUGUGCAAGGUCUUACAGUCAAGCCACUAUCACAAACACGAUGGGAAAGCCAUGUUGACAGCGUGAAGCCCAUAAAAGAUUAA